AUGGUUGGGCACGACAUGUCUUGGGCUUCAUUUCACGUCCUUGAAGUCAUGGCGUCCCAGAAAUACCACCAGAAGCGAGUCGGCUAUCUCGGCGCCGUGCAGAGCUUCCGCCCUGAUACAGAUGUGCUCAUGAUGGCAACCAAUCUCCUGAAAAAGGAUUUGGCUGCCUCAACGCCGACCAUAAUUUCCCUCCCGAUCGCCGCGCUGCCUCACAUCAUCACCCCCUCGCUAUCAAUAUCCCUCCUUGGGGACUUAUUGCCCCGCCUCAGUCACUCUCAACCAGCUAUCCGGAAGAAGACUGUUGUCACUCUGUACCGGUUGGCGUUGGUGUAUCCCGAAGCCCUACGUGCUGCAUGGCCAAAGAUCAAGGAGCGCCUGAUGGACGUGAACGAGGAUGCGAGCGUGACGGCGGCUAUCGUGAAUGUCGUAUGCGAACUAGGAUGGCGGAGACCCCACGACUUCCUGCCGCUCGCGCCGCGCUUCUUUGAACUGCUGGUUGAUGGUGGCAACAACUGGAUGGCAAUAAAACUGAUCAAACUUUUUGCUACUCUUACGCCCCUCGAACCGCGCCUCGUCCGCAAGCUAUUGCCGCCCUUGACAAAUCUCAUUCGAACCACUCGGGCCAUGUCCCUGCUGUACGAGUGUAUCAACGGUAUUAUUCAGGGCGGGAUCCUGGGUGAGGGAGAAGACUUCUCCGCUAGGGAAGAGGUUGCCUCCCUAUGUGUCUCCAAGUUGAGGGGCAUGGUGUCUCUAAACAGCGACCCAAACCUGAAAUAUGUGGCGCUCCUGGCAUUUAACAGGAUCGUUGUCACCCACCCGUUCCUCGUCGCGCAGCAGGAAGACGUGAUUCUUGAAUGCAUUGACAGCGAGGACAUCACGAUUAGGAUAAAAGCACUCGACUUGGUGCAAGGGAUGGUCAGCAGCGAUAACCUAGUGUCGAUCGUCAGCCGUUUGAUGAGACAGCUCAAGGCGUCCUCGGCUGCACUAAAUCAGCAAGGGAACGGCGCCGAGAGCCACGAUCUGGAAACAGAUUCGAGCGACGAGACAAGUGCUGGUUCCAAACGGCUGUUCAAGACGCAGGAUGCACUACCACCACUCCCGGAUGACUACACUACUGACGUGAUUGGCCGGAUUCUACGCAUGUGCUCUCAGAAUAACUAUGCCAAUCUGGUCGACUUUGACUGGUAUAUCGAUGUUCUGACCCAACUCGUCCGUAUUGCGCCAGUUCCGCGGACGAGAGAUCUGGACUCGGACAUCACUGCGCCAACGGCGAGAGUAGGUGUCGACAUUUCCGAGAGAAUUGGCAACGAACUCAGGAAUGUGGCUGUGAAAGUUAGAGCCAUAAGGCCCGUCGCCGUCCGGGCAGCUGAGCUCGUCAUCUCGCGCCUGAGCUCUGAGAUAUCAAGCUCGCGUCCGGUUGUCCCGGGAGCGCUCAAACCCAUCGCAUAUGUGGUCGGGGAAUACGCUUUCGAGCUCUACUCCCCUGAUGAUGCCCUCCGGCACCUAUUGGGCCUCGUUUCGCGGAUCGAGAAUCCCGAGGUCCUUGCAACGUGCCUACAGGCUAUUCUAAAGCUAUUUGCAAGCGUUGCUGGGGAUGAUCAGACGCCUUGGACACCAGAGAGAAAAUCAGCCUUGUCGUUGUUAAUGGCCCGUGUCAUCCACGUGCUGGAGCCAUUCGCAUCACAUCCAAACUUGGAAGUUCAAGAACGUGCUGUUGAGUUCAUUGAGCUGCUCAAGCUUACGGCCGAGGCGGCGGCCGGCCAGUUGCCCUCUACAGACGAAUUGCAGAAGGACGCACCUUUACUCCUCACACAAGCUAUCCCAUCGCUGUUCACGGGAUGGGAACUCAACUCGGUUGCUGCCGGAACGCAGCAUAACGUACCGAUACCCGAGGGCCUUGACCUGGAUGAGCCGAUCCACCCGAACCUCAACAAUCUCCUGGCACAGGCAGACUCGCUGAUGCUGCCGGCUCAGGGCGAUGACGAAUUUGAAGUGUACUACAAUCGAAAACUGCCCCCUACGAGCAUCUCCAGUGGGCCAGCGAUAGAGAGGCUGGCGGAUGCUCCCGACGAAAUCCCUGGCUCGUAUCAGCAGGUCGGCGAAGAAAGUUACCUCGACGCGGACAUCAUCGCCCGGAGGAAAGCCGAGCGCAUGGAGCGUAACCGAGACGAUCCCUUUUAUAUUGGGGGUUCGACCCGGUCCGGGGGGACGUCAACACCCAUUCAUAACAUCCUGCAGAAAGAAAACGGCCCGGAUCUUGACAUCGACUCAAUCCCCAUUAUGCAGCUCGACUUGGAGAAACUGAGCGUCAGCAGUGCAAGUGCGGCGCCAGCGGCGACAACAGCAGAGAGACGACCCAAGCCACGGCAGCAGCAGCAGCAGCGCAUCAUCGUCGCGGCCGACGAGACACUCAGCGGCGUGAGUAGUAGGCCAGUUACGCCGCGCAACUACGACUCGGAAAACAACUCGGACAGUUUCGCAAAGGCCAAGGCUGCUAGAAAGCUCAAGCAAUCGCUGCUGCAGGUCGACUCGAGUCACUUGAAUAAUCUAAGUCUCCUUGAUACCGGCGACCGGCCGGACGACGAGCAGCAGCGGCGCGAAGAGGCCGAGAUGGCGCAGGCGAUGCGGGAGGUGCAGCGGCUGCGGCUGGAGAUGCAGCGGGCUAAUGAAAGGAUACAGGUCGCGCAGGGCGUACCGGCCGAGGGGAUCGUGGUAAAGAAGAAGAAGAAGACGGUGAAGAAGGCGAAGGGGGAGGAGGACAAUGGGGAAGAGGGGGUUGGAGUAAAAGUUAAGAAGAAGAAGAAGAAGGUUGUCGCUGGUGAGGGUGAGGGCGAGGGGUCGUCUCAGGCGGACGCAGCGCCGGUAGUCAAGGCGAAGAAAAAGAAGCCAAAGAGGAUAGUGCAGCUUGAUGGCGAUGAUGCCGCCGCAGGACAGAGCCAGUAG